GCCCCUCCGCCAACCUUCUCUCCUCACGUCCCCCUCGCUCCAGCCAGAGCAUCCAAACACUAUGCAUAUCUUAGUGGUCAACGACGACGGUCCGCCGUCCAACCAGUCCUCCCCAUACAUUCAUUCCCUCGUCCAAUCGCUGCAAUCCGCCGGACACACGGUGUCGGUGGUCCUUCCACACCAGCAGCGAUCAUGGAUCGGUAAAGCCCACCUGAUCGGGGCCGCCGUGAGGCCGACCUAUUUCCGUCCGGGCACUCUCCACAAGGACGAUGGCACCACGCACGAAUUUCCCCAUGGCAUGAACGAGGGCGACGAUGAGAACUAUGAUGGGGAUGAAUGGAUUCUCGUCGACUCAACGCCGGCCAGCUGUGUCCAAAUCGGCCUCUACCACUACUUCCAGGAUCGUGGCCCGGUUGACCUCGUAGUGUCCGGUCCCAACUAUGGCCGGAAUACAACGGCUCUGUUCGCCAUGUCGAGUGGCACCAUCGGUGGCGCUAUGGAGGCGGCGGUCUGCGGGAAACAUGCCAUUGCCCUAUCCUACGCCUUUAGCUCUCGAGACCAUGACCCCAUUGUCAUCGCAGAGGCAUCUCGUCAUUCCGUUCGGUUGAUCGAGUACCUUCACAACAACUGGGUGGACGGUGUGGAUCUGUACAGCGUCAAUGUCCCGCUCGAGCCCGGAGUGAGCGAAAGCAAGGUGUUGUACACCAACAUGCUUGACAACCGGUGGUCAUCGGGCAGCUGCUUCCGCGCGGUCGAUGCCUCUUCGUCAACCAGUACGCCAGGGGAGCACGAACAUGAUGUCCGCCACCAGGCUGUGGAUGGAGCAGCUCCGGUAAAGAGGUCUCGCAUCCCUCACAAGCACUUUGAGUGGUCACCAAACUUCACGGAUGUGUACCGAAGUGUUGAGGAGAGUGCCCCUGGAAACGACGGCUGGACUGUGAAAGAGGGAAUGACCAGUGUCACGCCGCUGAAGGCCAAUUUCAUGCAUACACCCGGCAUCCAAGGGGAGAUUACGCUUUUAUGCAUCGCGCGCGUUGCUGUUCUCCCCUCUGAUUGUUUGCUCUUGGUCUGUCUAUCCAUCUCAUGUAGACCGGAUAAUAAUACUGAGCCUACAUUCUAUACUCUUGUGGACAGCGACGACUCUUAUGUCCAGAGUCUGAUGAAGCGGGCGCUCCAACGACGCCUUGGAAAUGGUCAAUGUCGAGCAAUAUCCUCUCUGUCCGACCUCCCCUCUCGCACCACGCCUGUCUUCCAGUAUCGUGAAUACGAACGCCUGGAGUUCGAACACAUCAUGGUACACUCCUCGACCUCUCUCGCCAACGCCUACAUUAUCCGCAAAGCCCUGAUCCGCAAGCACUACCUCUCCAACACGGUCACCAACUGGGUCACCAAACACCCGGAGAGCGUUCUCGCCAAGCACUUCAAAUUCGCCUUCGACUUCGAACUCGACUACGCCGAAUUCCUCGACGACGCCCUCCUCGAAGCAUACGAGCUCCGCGACAGCCUCGACAAGAACGAGACCCGUCCGGACGAAGAGAAAGAAUGGUGGAUCCUCAAGCCCGGCAUGAGCGACCGCGGCCAAGGCAUCCGCCUCUUUAACAGCGAAGACGGCCUGCGCGAGAUCUUCGAGGAAUGGGAAGUCGACGACUCGGACGACGAGAGCGGCUCCGAGCGCCCCGAGCCCGAGAACGACGACCCCGAAGACAACGGCGUCGUCACCUCACAACUCCGCCACUUCAUCGCCCAGCCCUACAUCGACCCUCCCUUGCUCAUCCCCUCCUCCCACAACCGCAAGUUCCACAUCCGCACCUACGUCCUCGCCGUCGGCUCCCUCAAAGUCUACGUCUUCAAGGAAAUGCUCGCCCUCUUCGCCGCCAAACCCUACUGCCCGCCCUACGAAGACGAAGACGAAGUCAAAGACCUCGCCCGCCACCUCACCAACACCUGCUUCCAGGAAGGCGGCAGCUCCAACAAAGACAGCGUCCGUCGCUUCUGGCAACUAGAGGACUACGUCCCUGGCCUCACCUGUUCCUGGAAACAGAAUGUCUUUGACCAGAUCUGCGCUGUCACGGGAGAGAUCUUCGAAGCCGCGGCCCGUGGCAUGAUGGUGCAUUUCCAAACCCUGCCCAACGCAUUCGAGCUCUUUGGCGUCGAUUUCCUCGUCGACAAGUCCGGAAACGCCUGGCUGUUGGAAUUAAACGCCUAUCCGGACUUUGCACAGACAGGUGAGGACCUCAAGGAGGAAGUCGUGGGUCGGUUAUUUGAGGAGACGGUUGAUGUAGCCGUGAAGCCGUUCUUUGGACUUGGGGAUGCGGAGACUAAGGGGACGGAGAUGUUGAAGUUGGUGGCUGAUUUGGAUUUGGGAAGGAAGAAUUAG